AUGGCGCCAGUUCACAAGCGGAAGCCAAUUGAGGAAGAAUUCAUAACGACACUAUCCGACAACGAUGAAGCUACCUUUGAAGAAGAAGAGCCGGUAUCCGCUUCCCCGCCAAAGAAGAAGGUCAAGAUGAGCAAAAAGUCGAAAAAUUCGAAAAAGGAUGAGGACGAUGAAAAAGAAGAAGAGCAGGUUAUUGGGCUAUGGGGGCCCAACGACAAAGAUGAUGGAGCCAUGAACCCCGACUUUGAAUUCAUGGACUAUGGCGAAACCGGGGACGUUGAAGAGGAGUUUGGAGACUGGGGCUUCAGCGGUGCGAAGAAGGCCAUUUCAUCGGACAAGAAAGCUGUCAACUUGGACGACAUUAUACGCCGACAGAGGGAAAAGAAAAAUGGCGGUGAAGGGAUCGAUGAUUCUGGUGAUGAAGCCGAAGCGGUCAAUGAUCUAAAUAUGGCUUUGGAUGAUGGAGAUGAUGAGGUAUUGGCAGAAGAUGCGUUUGGUAUGAAUGUGGACUCGGAGGAAGAGGAGGCUUCGGAGAGCGACGACAAUGACGGGGUCGACCAAUCAAAUGAAGACGACCAAGUCGAAGGCGACGACGAUGGCGAUGCUGCUUCCGACCGGGACUCAGUAGCCACGCCUGUUGGACAUCCUGAUGACGAUCGGCCGGAUGAUGGCGAGGACGAAGAGGAUGCCGAAGAACAAGCGAAACGAGAUGCUUUCUUUGCCCCCGAGGAGAAGCAGAGCUCGACGGCCACGACGGAUUCUUCAAGUUUUCAAAGCAUGUCAUUAUCCCGGCCAAUUCAUCGCGGCCUGGCAUCUCUUGGCUUCAACAAGCCUACGCCUAUUCAGAACAAGACCAUCCCCAUCGCUCUUAUGGGUAAGGAUCUUGUUGGUGGCGCGGUGACAGGCUCAGGAAAGACGGGCGCCUUCUUGGUGCCGAUUCUUGAGCGACUGCUCUUCCGUCCAAACAAGAUCCCCACCACUCGCGUGGUCAUUCUGACACCAACCCGUGAACUGGCCAUGCAGUGUUACGACGUGGGCACAAAGCUUGGGCGGUAUACUGACAUCAAGUUCACCCUGGCAGUCGGUGGUCUCAGCUUAAAGGCCCAGGAAGUCGAGCUUCGGUUGCGCCCGGACAUUGUUAUUGCCACGCCCGGUCGGUUCAUCGAUCACAUGAGGAACUCGGCCGGUUUCAACGUGGACGCUGUUGAGAUUCUGGUUCUUGACGAGGCUGAUCGCAUGUUGGAAGAUGGAUUUGCGGACGAGCUCAAUGAGAUUCUCACCACGUUGCCAAAAUCCCGGCAGACGAUGCUGUUUUCUGCCACCAUGACGUCUACUGUGGAUCGACUGAUUCGCGUUGGGCUGAAUAAACCCGUGAGAUUAAUGGUUGACUCGCAAAAGAGAACAGUGGCAACCCUGGUGCAGGAGGUUGUACGCUUGCGAGGAGGCAGAGAAGACAAGAGGAUGGGCUAUCUCGCACACAUUUGCAUGAAAAUGUACCAUGAACGAGUCAUCAUCUUCUUCCGACAAAAGAGGGAGGCCCACAGAGCGCGCAUCAUCUUUGGGUUGUUGGGAUUGUCGUGCGCCGAAUUGCACGGCAGCAUGAAUCAGUCGCAGCGAAUCGCCAGCAUCGAGUCGUUCCGAGACGGCAAGGUAUCCUAUCUGCUGGCGACCGACGUCGCUUCCCGCGGUCUGGAUAUCAAGCGGGUGGACACGGUCAUCAAUUUCGAAGCGCCGCAGUCGCUGGAAACGUAUCUGCAUCGCGUUGGCCGUACCGCUCGUGCUGGGCGGAACGGCACGGCCGUGACGCUGGUCGCUGAUUCCGACCGCAAGGUCAUGCAAGCCGCCAUCAAGGCUGGAAAGUCUCAGGGAAGCAAAUUCAUCAAGAGGAGCAUCUCCUCGGCGGAAGCAGACGAGUUGCAGGGCAAGAUCGACGCGAUGGAAGAGGACAUCAACACGAUCAUGCAGGAGGAGAAGAUUCAGAAACAACUGGCCCAGGCAGACAUGCAGCUGAAGAAGGGCGAGAAUAUGAUUGAACACGAGGCCGAGAUCAAGGCUCGACCCAAGAGGACCUGGUUCGAGUCGGAGCACGAUAAGAGGAAGGCGAAGCAAGCGGGGAGAGAUGAGCUGAAUGGUCUACGCGAGGGCUUGAAGAAGAAGAACCACAACGGGAAGCUGAGCAACAAAGACAGGAAGCGCCUGGACGACAAGUCGACGCGCUUGGAAGGAGGAAGAGCAUGGAAGAAAGGCAAGGGAGAUGCGGCAGCGGCAGAAGCAAAGUUCAAGGCCAGGGGGAAGGGCAAAGGCAAAGGCAAGGGGACGGGAAAGGCAAAGGCAAAGGGAAGAAAGUGA